UUUCUGUUACUUUGCUUCUCUGUCAGAUUCCUUUUGGUUUGUGACCUGAAUGAACAAGAAAUAAGCUAUUUGCCUUGAAUUGAUAAGAAGGACCCUUUCAUUGGCAGGAUUACAAAUUGAUUAAAUACUGUUAGAAGUAUCAGCCUGUUAGUUUUUCAAGUUACCAUGAGGUUGCAAACUGUACUUCAACGUAGGACUGCAGAACUGUAGGGAAUACCAGUGUUACUCUGUCUUUUUGGCUAAGGGCAAACAUAGCAGAUGAUUUUUUUUAUCAGUUUGAUAUCAGAUGUAUUCUUUAUUUGGGACCUACAUGUUUAACAGAUUUUUGGAACAGGAAGGUGCAAUAAGAGCCUUGUUUUGCACAUCAGUGUGAUAUUGGAGUACUUCUGGGAAUUAUGGAUGUUUCCCUGUUAACAGAAUGACCAAGAGCUUUCAGUGUGAUGCAGCGAUGAAAACGGCAAAUACAUUUUUAGGAUGCAUUGAGUGAGGUAUUUAUAAAAUGUCAUCAGGAUUUUAUCAGAUACUAUAGUAUCAGUUGAGCAACCUACUGCUUACAAAAGCCUAUGCAUCUUAUAUUUAGUUAGUGUAUAAGAUGCAAAUCUAUCCCGAAUUCUUCAUGACUUCAGAUUGACAUGGCUAGCUACCUCACAAUGGAAGUGAAUUGAAUCAUGAUCUAUUCCAAAUAAAUAAUCUCUGGUAACAAUUUGUUUUUAUACUCCCAAAACUCUCUAAUAACUGUGUGACUUUUUCUUAAUAGCAAGUAGGAGAAUUACCAAAUGAUGCGGAUAUUAUCUCGGCUUGAACUGGUGAUUAUUUUAGUAAGAGAAGUGGUGAAACAGCAGUUCCUUAUACUAACUUAUAUUAAUCAACGAUUAUAGCACUGGGAGGCUGAACACCCUGGCUGUUACUGGAAGUAUGUUGUAUAAGAAGCGAUUAAGAAUUGGUAACGCUGUUGCCUAGCCAACUGGAACAUGGAGACACAGCUAGACCCUAGUAAGGAUGAUUUGCCACUGAUGGCCAACACUAGCCACAUGCUAAUGAAGCAUUACGUAUUGGACUUGGAUGUGGAUUUUAAAAGCCAAGUUAUUGAAGGCAGCAUAGUUCUCUUCUUUGAGACUGGAAGCAGUUUCAGGAAAGUAGGCAGUAGUGUGGAAGGAGUCUGCCAUCCACGGUCAGAUGAAACCUUCAAAAUUCGGGCAUUUGAACUCUGCCACAUUCCUGUGACAAAUGCAAGUGCCUGCUCAUCUAAAACUGGAUAUAAUGAUUUUGCUGUCUGUGGUAAAGGUGAAAAAGAUACUUCUGAUAAAAAUGGUAACCAUAGCAACAGGGCACAGGCUUCUGGGAUUUCUAGUUCAAAGAAGUGCUGUGACAUAGAGAAUCAUGGGAGUGAGGAUUUUCUGCUGGUAUUGGACUGCUGUGAUUUAUGUGUGUUAAAGGUCGAGGAGGUGGAUGUUGCUGCUGUGCCAGGUAUUGAAAAAUUUACAAGGUCUGCCAAGCUAACUGAGGGUUCAGAAGAGCUGGGAAAUCUCAGGAAUCAGAUUGUACAUGAACUUGUGACUUUACCUGCGGAUCGGUGGGAGGAACAGCUCUACUAUUACACUUGCUGCAGCCAGGCGCCUGGUUGUGGAGAGCUUCUGUUUACCACUAGCACUUGGAGCUUGGAGAUAAGGAAGGCAGGGAUUCGGAUACCAAGAGACUUUCCUCGUGCAAUAAGGAUCUGUUACAAAACAAAGCCAGAGGGAAGAUCAGUUACGUGGACCACAGACCAGAGUGGCAGGCCUUGUGUUUAUACAAUGGGAUCACCACUGAACAACAGAGCUCUUUUUCCAUGCCAGGAACCACCGGUUGCCAUGUCAACCUGGCAAGCUACAGUCCGAGCAGCUACAGGUUUUGUUGUCUUAAUGAGUGGUGAAAAUUCAGCAGAACCAAUACAGCUUCAAGAAGGUAUCUUCAGUUGGAACUAUUAUGUGACCAUGCCAAUGCCAGCAUCCACCUUCACUAUCGCUGUUGGGUACUGGAUAGAAGUUAAAUGGGAAUCUCUUGCAACUGAGGUCAUGACAAAUGAUGUGAUCUCUUUGCCAUUUUCAAAGGCUGAUUUCAGGUUGGUCGAAGGGGGCUGUGGUCAUUUGGAAUACCCCUGCCGGUUCCAAAAUCCUGGUGCCACAUCUCAACCAGUCAUUCCUCAUCGAGUCUUUGCUCCAUGGUGCCUGAAGGACCUCUGUGCAGAGAUACUGCUUGAGCUGAUUCCUCAAUGCUUGUCAGCUGCUCAUGCUACACUGGGUACUCAUCCCUUUUCCAGGCUUGAUGUGUUGAUAGUCCCUUCCAACUUUUCCAGUCUGGGAAUGGCCAGCCCACACAUCAUCUUCCUGUCACAGAGCGUAUUACCUGGAGGGAGCCAUCUCUGUGGAACACGUCUGUGCCAUGAAAUUGCUCAUGCUUGGUUUGGAUUGGCCAUUGGUGCUCGUGAUUGGACUGAAGAAUGGAUCAGUGAAGGGUUUGCUACUCACUUGGAGGAUGUAUUUUGGGCAGCAGCACAACAGCAGCUGCCAUGUGAUGAAGCAAGAGAGCAGCAGGAACUGAAAGCUUUGCUCCGCUGGCGACGGCUCAGAGAUGAAGUGCGGAACUCUGAAGAAGAGCUGCAAGUAUUAAGGCCCAAAAAAGAGAACACAGGAGAAACGAGCGAGUCUGGAGCAUCUAUUAUCAAACAUGGUCUUAAAGCAGAAAAAAUCUUCAUGCAGGUUCAUUAUUUGAAGGGCUAUUUUCUUCUGCGAUCUUUAGCAAGAAGAAUAGGAGAGGCUACAUAUUUUACAUUUUUAAGAAAAUUUGUCCAAAAGUUUCAUGGACAACUGAUUCUCUCUCAGGAUUUCCUUUACAUGCUGCUGGAGGACAUCCCCGAACAAAAAGGGUAUGGGCUGUCUGUUGAAAGUAUCUUCCAGAACUGGCUUGACACUUCUGGAAUACCAAAGCUUCUGCUGGAAGAGAGUCGCACUUGGAAGGAGGGUCGCCUCGUCCAGCAAGUGACUGCCGAGGUCGCAAAAUGGAUUCAAGUAAACCGGAGAGCCAGAAAAGGCAGCAAAAGGAAGAGAGGUCAGGAUGAAGUGGCUUUCCAAAAGGUUCGACAUCGAUGGUGUGAGCUUGUUGUGAAGCAUAAAUAUGCAGCAGGGUACGGUGCUGUUGAAAAAUUUCUCUGGGAAGAUCAGGCAAUGGGUGUGUAUCUAUAUGGAGAAUUAAUGGUGAAUGAAGAUGCAAAACAACAAGAACUUGCCCAUAAAUGCUUUGCUGCAGCAAGAGAACAAAUGGAUAUGUCCUCAGCCAAAGUGGUGGCCGAGAUGUUAUUUUGAAGAGGAAAGAUCACAGAGAAAUCCUUUUAAUAUAUCUACUACUAAACCAUGGUGGUACUAGGAUUUCAUUGACCCUGGACAUCAAAGGAAAGAUUAUGUGACUGCUAAAACAAUCACCUGACAGAAACAUUUACCUCUCAGUAGUUAUCUUUUCCAGAGGCUUAUUGCGACCACGCACUGAGAAAAAAAAAGGAUGACAUUAUUAUGACUCCAGCUACUUGCCCUAGCAUAAGCCAUUUGAUGAUAUUUAUGGUUACUAAGCUCUACUGUAUCACGUUAGAAAAACUGCAGUUUCCAAAUACCAAAACAGCACAAGUCUGUUACAAAGAGGUGCUGAAGACUCUUGAUUUGAAUAAGUAUUUUGUAUGCAGUUCAGCAAAUGGGCCAAUAUAGAAAUAAGACAAUUUGUGCAUCUCACACUAAACACCACAACCUUUAGGAAACUCUGUAGAAGAUUUGUGUUUUGCUUUGUUUUAUUUUGAAGGCAAUUUAGGUGGAUUUCUGAAAAUGACUCGUGAUCUCUUGAACUAGUAGCCUAAUGGAUGUCUAGGUUAGACAUAAUUGACUCUUAGUUUGGUGUGGAAAUAAUCUGAAAUUGUAGCUAGAAGACAUACAAUUUGAGACUAAAUUCGCUGAAAAAUGACUGCAAAUCAUUCAUCUAGACUGGAAAAAAAAUUGCAGCUACAAUCUUGAUCAGCUGCCUUUAUGUCCACGUAAUUCUAUUUAAUGUACAAUGGGCAGACUCUCCAUUACCAGAAAUGCUUUUUUCUCACUUAGUGUGAAUAGCGAAUGUAUCAAAUGCAGCUCUUCUCACCCAUGAAAUUGCUGCUUGAGUGAUUGUGGGAUAUCAGUUUUGAGGCUCUUUCCAGACAGUGGGCCUCUUAAAAAACAAAACAAAACUGUGCACACUUGCUUUGUAUACUUAUUUUACCUCAAUGAACUCUUAUACAAAUAAAGUAUUUUUUUAUAA